CCUGAAUGAAAAAAGAAAAGAGGAGGAUGAGAAGGAGGAGAAGGAAGGGGGAGAAGAGGGGAGAAAACUAGGGACACCGCGAGUAGAGGAAGCGCCACAGGCGUUCCCACGAAAAUCGCCCCUCCUGAUCUCUCAGCUCGUUCCCCUCAUGUUCGUGUAAAAGUCCCUCCCUCCCUCUCUCUCUCUCUCUCUCUUUCUCUCUUUCUUUUUUUUCUCUCUGUCUCUCUCUUUCUUUCUCUCUUUUCUUCCCUUCUAGCUCUCGCCUUUGAUCCAUAGGGUUCCAGCGUAGCUUUCACCUUGGAGAAUCGUACAGGAGGAAAAGAGAAGAACCCAUAGUCCCCCCCACUCCUAAAAUAUAUGAGAAUUCCCCCACCACUGGGUCUGAAACAGGGCACGCGGCUCGUGUGCCGUCCCUGGGUCCUCCCGCACACGACAUACGUCCGCCGCCACGCGACCGAUGCACACGCGUGCGGGAGCUAGCAGUAGUAGCAGCAGCAGCAGCAGCACUAACAGCAGCACCAACAGCAGCAGCAUCAACCAUAGCACUAGCCAGCAAUAGCAGCAGCAAAAGUAACUACGGCGAUAGUGUGUGCACACCCACCUUCUAUAUUCUACGCGACAACGGGGAUAAGUGCAUCCGCGAAGAAGUCCUCGCGAUAGCAAACUCAACAUAUCCAAAUCCUGACACGCGACCUCAGGAAGCUGUGCCACGUGUGAAUCGUGUGAUCGACAAGUGCAAUCCGCAGUUGUUCUUUUUCUUCUUUUUUUUUGUCUUCUCAUUAUUCCCAUUUCGUUCUUUUCUUUCCUUUUUUUUUGUUUUUUUCUUUUUUUGAUUUUUGUAUUUUCUUUUUUCAAUCUCGAUCGUUCUCCAUUUUUUAACGAGGAAGAGAAAAAAAAGUAACGUUAAUGAUUAAUCCGCGAUGUACGUCCAUCGAUGUGAAUCAAGGUAGAGUGUUCUACGAAGCAGAACUCCCGAAGAACUAAAUCGUUUUAAUGUCUACGUCUGAUUCAUUGGACCCACGAUUGUUAUUCAAGGUUAUUUAACGAUCGGCACAUUCGCUUGCUUGGUACCGCAAUGCGACUGAUAUGAUACUUCGUUCGUGUAACAGAAGCAUCGUUAUGGGAUCGAUAUUAUGCAUCAGAUAACAUCUAGCAAUUUUUAAAGUAUAUAUCGAUCGAUCAUCCUGGAUCAUACUUAAUCGUUAUACGAUUUUACGUACACUGCCUAUAACUAUAAAACUUCCAACAACGUUUCUUCUUCUUCUUCUUCUUCUUUUUCUUCUUCUUCCUCUCUUUGAAACGACCGUCAAACAGUUAGUAAAAAAAUCUCGUGAGAAAAUGUGGCGAGUGGUCGUAGCACGUUCGGACGAGAACAGUACUUUGUUGUCCUCGGACAUUACUUCUGGUGCCGUAGCACCAACGCAUUUACCAUCCGGUCAUCAUUGGGGUUAUCCACCUCCACCGCAUCAUCCUCCUUAUCAACCGCAACAUCCUGACAUGCGUCAUCAUCACGAUAUGCGUCCACCACCUCCUGAUCUUCGUCAUCCACCACCAUCCAACAUAAACGAUAUCAGAACUCACGAAAUGCAGAGACCUGACCUUAGACAUCAAGAGAUGCAGAGACAUCAAGAAGCACAAAGACAUCAGGAUAUGCAUAGAUCGGAUAUAGUUAGACAUCAAGAAAUAAGACAUCCCGAUGUUAGGCAUCAGGAUAUGUCUGGGAUGAGACCUGAUAUGACCGACAUUAGAACCAAUCACGAAUAUUCCGAUCUUAAAAUGGACGAAAUGAGAUCUCAAGAUGCUAACCAACAACAGCAACAACAACAACAACAACAACAACAGCAACAACAACAACAACAACAACAGCAGCAGAAUCAAGCUCAUCAUCAAUCAAGGAAUCUCAAAAGAGCUAUGAGCGAUUCUGACUGCGAUGAUGUUUUUUCCGAAGAAAGUGGCAAGGAACCAUGCAACUCACCCGGAGGUGAUUCUUGUCAGCAUGCAUCGCGUAAACGUAGAAGGGGGAUGAUCGAAAAGAAACGUCGUGACAGAAUAAACGCAUCCCUUGGAGAACUGAGAAGAUUGGUGCCUGCAGCGGCCAGAGACCCUCAUAGUGCAAAAUUGGAGAAGGCUGAAAUACUUCAGCUGACGGUCGAACAUUUACGUACGCUUAGAAAUAAAGGACCCGAUGGUUACGACAGUACUAAGUUAGCUAUGGAUUAUCAUGCGGUUGGUUGGGGUGAAUGUGCUGCUGAAGUUGGUCGUUACUUAAUCACUAUGGAAGGUUUGGAUGAGAGAGAUCCAUUAAGGUUACGUCUUCUCUCUCAUUUACAAAGUUUCCAUAGGGAACAUACAACAGGACCACCACCUUCAGCCGGUGUUCCUGGUCCAGGUGUACCUUCAGCAACAACACUUACAUCUACUUCAACAGCCAGCAGUUAUGAACCUCCUAGCACGGUAUCUACUGGUAUGCCACCAGGAGCUGGUACUAUGCCUCCUCUUCUUGGUGGUGGUGCUUUAGGUUGGAGCCAAUAUCCAACACAAUAUGCACAACAACAAGGCAAACCUUACAGACCUUGGGGAGCAGAACUUGCUUAUUGAGGAUACGAUUAUUUAGGAGAAAGUAUAUCUUUCGAUAUUAAUUUAUAAAAUUUCCUUUUUCGUUUCUUCUUUUUCUUUUCUCUUUUUUCUUUU